AUGUGGAAGCUAAAGAUUGCUGAAGGCCACGGACCUUACCUGUACAGCACCAACAAUUUUGCCGGCAGGCAAAUUUGGGAGUAUGAUCCCAAUGCUGGAACGCCUGAAGAAAGAGAAGCAUUUGAAAAAACUCGAGAGGAAUUCACAAAAAAUAGGAAGAAGGGUGUUCAUCCAUGUGGUGAUUUGUUCAUGAGAAUGCAGCUUAUAAAAGAAAGUGGAAUUGAUCUGUUGAGCAUCCCACCAAUUAGAUUGGGAGAAAACGAAGAAGUAACCUAUGAAAACACUACUAUUGCCGUUAAGAAAGCACUUAGGCUAAACCGUGCAAUCCAGGCAAGCGAUGGCCAUUGGCCGGCUGAGAAUGCCGGGCCAAUGUUUUUCACGCCGCCACUGCUCAUUGCAUUGUACAUCAGUGGAGCAAUUAACACUAUCCUGACAAAAGAACACAAAAAAGAGAUGAUUCGUUACAUCUACAACCAUCAAAAUGAUGAUGGUGGUUGGGGAUUCUACAUUGAGGGUCACAGCACCAUGAUUGGAUCAGCCCUCAGCUAUGUAGCUUUACGAAUUCUCGGCGAAGGACCCGAUGGUGGAAAUGGUGCAGUUGCUAGAGCUCGCAAAUGGAUCCUUGAUCAUGGCGGUGCAACUGGAAUUCCCUCCUGGGGAAAGACUUAUCUCUCGGUACUUGGAGUGUACGACUGGGAUGGCUGCAACCCAGUGCCUCCAGAGUUUUGGCUUUUCCCUGAAUUUUUCCCUUAUCAUCCAGCAAAGAUGUGGUGUUACUGCCGGACAACCUACAUGCCCAUGUCCUACUUGUAUGGCAAAAAAUAUCACGGGCCGCUUACUGAUCUUGUUAUGUCUCUCAGACAAGAAAUUCAUGUAAAACCAUAUGAUCAAAUUGACUGGAAUAAAGCACGCCAUGACUGUUGCAAGGAGGACUUGUACUACCCUCAUUCCCGCAUCCAAGAUCUACUCUGGGAUACACUCAAUUAUUGCACAGAGCCAAUUAUGAGACGUUGGCCAUUGAACAAAAUCAGAGAAAGAGCUCUGGACAAAGCAAUUAAAUACAUGCGGUAUGGAGCUGAAGAGAGCAGAUACAUUACCAUUGGAUGUGUUGAAAAGAGUUUACAAAUGAUGUGUUGGUGGGCGCACGAUCCAAAUUGCGAUGAGUUCAAGUAUCACCUGGCUAGAGUUCCCGAUUACCUAUGGCUUGCUGAAGAUGGGAUGAAAAUGCAGAGCUUUGGAAGUCAGGUCUGGGAUUGUGCACUUGCUACUCAGGCUGUUAUGGCAACUGGGAUGGUAGAUGAAUAUGGUGACUGUCUGAAGAAAGCACAUUUCCACAUUAAAGAAUCCCAGGUUAAAGAAAAUCCCAAAGGUGACUUCAAAAGCAUGUACCGUCACUUCACCAAAGGUUCUUGGACUUUCUCUGAUCAAGAUCAAGGGUGGGUUGUCUCAGAUUGUACUGCUGAAUCACUCAAGUGUCUCUUGAUGCUUUCGCAAAUGCCAACAGAAAUUUCUGGCAAAAAAGCCGAUGUGGAGCGCCUGUAUGAUGCAGUGAAUGUUCUUCUCUAUCUACAGAGUCCUGAGAGUGGUGGCUUUUCUAUCUGGGAACCUCCAGUUCCACAACCUUAUCUGCAAGUUUUGAAUCCUUCAGAGCUUUUUGCAGACAUUGUAGUUGAGCAAGAGCAUGUUGAGAACACUGCAUCCAUUAUACAAGCUCUUCUAUUAUUCAAGAGGCUCCAUCCAGGACACAGGGAAAAAGAGAUAGAAAUAGCUGUGGCAAAAGCUGUUUCAUUUCUUGAAGGAAAACAAUGGCCUGAUGGUUCAUGGUAUGGCUACUGGGGUAUUUGCUUCCUGUAUGGAACAAUGUUUGUGUUAGCAGGGCUAGCUGUUGCUGGAAAAACUUACAGCAAUUGUGAAGCAGUUCGUAAAGCUGUCCAAUUUUAUCUAUCAACUCAAAAUGAAGAGGGUGGUUGGGGAGAAUCCCUUGAAUCUUGCCCCAGCAUGAAAUACACACCUUUGGAAGGCAAUAGAACAAAUUUAGUUCAAACAGCAUGGGCUAUGCUUGGUCUUAUGCAUGGUGGACAGGCUGAGAGAGAUCCAACACCUUUGCACAAAGCAGCCAAAUUAUUGAUGAAUGCACAGAUGGAUGAUGGAGAUUUUCCUCAACAGGAAAUUACAGGGGUCUAUAUGAAGAACUGUAUGCUUCACUAUGCCCAAUAUAGGAAUAUCUUCCCAUUGUGGGCACUUUCAGAAUAUCGUAAACGUGUCUGGCCUUCUCAAUGUCUGUAG